UUCGCUGCAGACGUUUCGUGACUAUUGUAUUGUACGAACGUAACGAAAAGCAAUCUCUCUCCAAAAAAACUAUACUUAAACCCAUUCAAUCCACUCUUAAGUGUUGUUGAGUGAAUCUCGAGUUUGUUGUGUUUUCUAAUAAAAGUUUUCCGUUUUUUAAAGAAUUUUUUGUUUUGUUUUUAUCUAUCGAUAAAAAAAGAGAUUCGUUUCUUUUUGAAGAAGUCAAUUAUUAGCAUUUUGUUUUUUAAAAAAAUUAAAUUACAGAGAAAAGAAAAUAACACAAACUCUACUCUGAAUAUAUACUAAAAAAUCAAGGCAUAUUAACAGAUUUAUAUGAUGGAAAAAGAACAACACGAUUCAAUGGCAACUGUACAAAUGACCAAGGCCGAUUAUGCUGCCAGUGAAGUGUACAGUACAACAAGCGAAGCGCCACCGGCGUACAGACGGGAAACCAGUUCAGUGCGAAUUGCAAAAAUUAUUGCCGUAACCGUAAUUGCGUCGUCAUUGAUUUUGGGUGCAUUUAUUUUAGCAUCAUCAUAUUUACAAGCGCGUGCAUCAUGCGAUCAAAUGCAAACAUUGGAUUCGAUCUUGGAAAAGGAGCUCAUGUUGGAAACAUUACAGGAAUUGCCAAAGGCCGAAGCAUUAUUAUCGGGUCGUGACUUACCAUCGGACAAUGACAUGCAAUCAUUGGACAAUAACAAAAAAGACACGGAAAAUGUUAAACUGAAGACGAAAGCCACCGCUAGCGACAGCGACUCAGACUCAUCGUCAUCCGAUAAUUCAUUCUCAGACAGCGACGAAGCUGAAGAAUUGAAUCGUGUCCAAAUUAAAAUGCCAUUGGAACUAAGCCUCAGCGAUUUGGCCAAUGCAAUUAUGCAACAAAAUCAAAAAUCACGCAUGAACUGUGUUAUUGAACGUCGUCGUGCUGAAGAAUUAGUUGAUAAUGCACCAAAAAUGACGCCAUUCGGAUUCAAUUUCAAUAGUGAACCAAAGAAACGUGUAACCGGUGAACGUAUGGCUAUCUUCUGCGAAAGUGGCUCUGCAAUCAAAGAUGAAGAUGAUGAUGAUUCAGCUGAACCACGUGACGUGCCAAUGCAACGACUUCCAAUUCCAUUCGGUGCAAUGCCACAACAAUAUCCACUCACACAUAUGCCACAACAACAAAUGCCAGCUCAACACAUGAUGCCACCACAACAACAACCACAAAUGCAACAAUUGCCACCACAAAUUCCAUUUGUUAUCCGUCAAAUUGUCGCCCUUCAACAACAACAAGCCCAACAACAAGCUCAGCACCAAGCCCAGCAACAAGCCCAGCAACAGCAACAACAACAACAGCAUGUACCACUUGGACCUGGUCCAAUCAUGAUCCGUCCAGCAAUGGUUCAACAAUUCCCAAUCCCAGAGCAACCACAACACAAUCAACCACAACAACCAAUAAACGGUGAAAUUCGUAUUCAUUUGCAACGCAUUCCAAUUCAACGUGAAAUUCAAGUGCGUGAAAUCCCAAUUGAAGUUCUUCAAGCUCGUCCAAAUGCAAUCCGUCCAAUUCAAGCAAUUCGCUUGCAAUCGGUGCCAGAACGUGAAAGUCAAUCACAAUUUCCACCACGCGAAGCCGCUUUGUUGCGUGAAUCGUUCGGCUUGACUAAUGAAGAUUUAAUGAAUAUUCAACGUUUGGCCCAAGAGCGCAUUGAACAAGAAUUGCGAUCACUAUCUCAAGAUGAUAUGAGCAACGAUUCAAAUAGCUCAGAAAAUGAUGAAGAUGACAGUUCAGAUGAGAUCUCAAUGAACAACAUGGCACAACAAAUGCCCACAAAUAAUCAACAGCAACAACAACAACAACCACAACAACAGGAACAACCAAAAACUGAAGAACCGAAACAAAUGGAUGCUCAAAAUCUAUCAAAUGAAGACGACAAAAGUGACGCAUCAAAACCAAAUCAGAUGACUGAAGACGACUCAAACGAUGACGAUGAAACACAAAAUGACAAAGUCAUCAAUGAUUCGCAAAUCUUGCAAGUUGGUCGUGCCGCAUACGGUCGAAGCAUUAUUACACCUGUCAAUAUUCCAGUUGAUAUGAUGCAAAAAGAAGCAAACGAAGAACGACCACACUUCGUUCAACCACGUUCCAUCCCCGAUCAAGCACAAGCCGCGCUUGCCUAAUGCGAUGCAAUCGCACUGCUAGUCAUCUUACUACGUACUAGCUAAAUUCAGAGAGAAUAAAAUAAAAACAAGAGCGAGAGAAUAAAAUUCACACAAACACAA